CGUAAUGCUUUAUUUAUCUACAAAUGUCUAUAAUUAUUAUGCUGUAUGUGAUUUCUAUAAGGUAAUUUUGCUCAUUUAAUGUCACAGAUUCUUAGUUGGUUUUUGAAAUUUCUGUGACAAGAAAAUGUCACAUCAUUCUUAUGGAGCAAAUGUUGAAUUUAAAUGGGGGAAUAAAAGGGGAAUUGGUGUGAAAAACAAAGGAACACAGUUCUAUGAAUCAUUUGUAUACGAUGGUGUUGAGUAUUCUCUUUAUGAUUGUGUUUAUUUUUACCACAAUGAUCACGUUGAUACUUCUCUUGGUAAGCUUGUCAAGAUUUUCGAGAAAUCGAAUGGCGAAAAGUUGGUCAAAGUUGUUUGGUUUUUUCGUCCUUCUGAAAUUCGUAAUUUCUUGGGGACUUAUCAGCCACAUUGGAGUGAGUUGUUUUUGGCUUCUGGGGAUGGUGUGGGUGUUUCCAAUGUUAAUCUCCUGGAAUCAGUUGUUGGAAAAUGCAGUGUUGUUUGCACUUCAGAGGAUAAGAGAAAUCCGAAACCAACUGAAACAGAGUUAGAGAGAGCACAUUUCUUUUUCAAAUGUACAUUUGAUGUAGAAAGACGUGCAAUUGUUGAAAAAUUUCCUAAUGUGGUUGUUGGUGUUAAAGUGGAGCAGUUCUUUAAUAGCAAGGGGAGACAUUAUGCGACUGUUCCUUCUGAUAUCUUGCGCUGUCAAGUUAAAGAAAAAGAUGAAGCGAGAAUUUCUCAUCAUGUCUUGACAAAGAGAUCAUUUGAUUUUCUUCCUCAUAAAAGGCAGAAGAUCAUAGAAGAGAAGUCGACCAUUGGUAAAAAUAGAAACUUCCAUCAUAAAAUGGAUUUUGUUGAGAACGAAGAACUCAGACGGGAUGAAAGUGUCAAACCAAAUGAGAAAAUUAGAGAUAAAGAUGAAGCAAGAACUUCUGAGAAUGUCUUGCCAAAGAGAUCAUUAGAUUCUUUUCCACAUGAAAACAGGAAGGUUACAGAAGAUAAGUCAACCAUUAGUAAAAGUAGCAACUACCAAAAGAAAGAGUUUGAUGAGAAGGAAGAACUCAGACAGGACAAAACUGUUAAACCAAACAAUAAAGUUAUAGAUAAAGAUGAAGCGAGAACUCCUGAGAAUGUCUUACCAAAGAAAGCAUUAGAUUCUUUUCCCCAUGAAAAGAGGAAGGUUAUAGAAGAGAAGUCAACCAUUGGUAAAAGUAACAACUCCGAAAAGAAAGAGGAAUUUGAUGAGAAGGAAGGAAUCAGACAAGAUGGAAGUGUCAAAGCAAUCAGGAAAGUUACUGAGGUGACUGAAAGGCCAGAUGCAGAGAAAAGAAGGUGGUUUAAGAAAAUGCCUUGGGAAGACAGACUAAAAAAAGCUCAAGAGUUGGAUACCCUGGUUUUACUGAGUAAUCUGGAUCCAUCCUACACGUCGUAUGAAGUUGAGGAUAUUGUUUGGCAUGCAUUCAAAGAAAAGGUUGAGGCAAGGAUGCUAGAAUGGAGCCCGACUUACAAUAGUUACUAUGGUAGAGCAUUGGUUAUUUUCAGAACAAAAGAUGCAGCUGCAAAAGCAAUAUCAGAGUUGAACAUGAGAUGCCUUAUUCUUGAAGACGGGAGGGUUGUAUGUGCCAAGAAGGGAACUGUAUGUGAUCCAGUCAAGCAAAGCACAUUCACCGGCCAUCUGACCAUUAAUAGAGCCGUGCUUCAAAAGCAAAGCUGGGAGAUGAGAAAGGCUGUAUCAACAUCACAUUGUGCACAGCCUAAUACAAUUGAAUACGCAAUGGCUAUUGAAUGGGCACAGCGAUAUGAUAUGUCAGAAGCAUGUUGGGAAGUCUUAUGUCAGAAACAAAUGAAGGAGAUAGAUGAUGUCAAGAAUAAACAUAGAACAGCCAGGCUAUUUUUUGAAGUCUCUUAGUUAAAUUAUACUUGAUGAAAGAUAUAUCAUUUUUCAAUAUCUGACUUUCUCUAAUAGCAAUUUAACAGAAUGUUUAGAAUUUUGGCAGAGAAACAUGUCGUUGUGUUUCCGCAUAUACAAGGAAAACUGAUUGUAGCCACUCAUGAUUCAGUUGCGUAUCCAUUUUGACCAAAAAAUGUUAGUACAUUGUAUAUUGAACAAAUUAGAUGCAAAUAUAUGCAAUAUUUUCAUGGUAA